CUGGCACAUGUAAACAAGCUUGACUGCGUGUGAGCUUUUAGUCAGUCAUUUCAUUAAAAAGUGUCACUACGUAUCAACAAAGACUGAGCAUUUAUCUGGACGUCCGUUAAAGCUGUUUUUUUUGUAAAUUUACAUGCCAGUAAUUACGCAGACACUAAAAGGCAUGGGAGUUGUUGACCUCCUGAAGCAUAGCGAGACAUAUCAGCCAUUCAUUCAUGAUUGAUGACCUUUGAGGAGGCAGACUGUCCCUUUAUCCAUUUUCCACUACAGCUGCAUCAAGCCACUAACAGUCUGUCCUGCAGUAUUUAUUUUUAACCACUAAUGUAACCUAGCAAAGAGGAUAUUUGUUAGUUUUAGCAGCAUUUAAUUUUAAAGCCCUGGCGUGGAUGGGAACAUGAGGAGCUCCCUGUCUGAUCUGAACCAGCAUCCCAGUAGCUUCAAGAUCUGAUCAAAGCACAACAGAGAGCCCCAUUGUGUGGACUGAAAACCAUAGAGGAAAGAGAUGAUGAUGAUGGGGAUGAUGAUAAAAGAGGCCCAGUGACAGCGUUGAUCCACGCACCAGGAAGCAGAGGAGUGUCACAAGGCUGCAGACAUGAGUCUCCGCCAACCCACCUCCACGCUGGACAGGGCAGCCAAUAAGAAAAACGCCCACCCGUUCAGGCUCAGCAGUCUGACCAUUGGGGACUCGGAGCGCAAAUCCUCUGCUACCCAGCAGAGGGAGCCAUCAGUCGACCUCCCUGUUGAGAGUACGGGUACUGGUCUUGUUCAGAGAUGUGUGGUCGUGCAGAAGGACCAGCUCGGCUUCGGCUUCACAGUUUGUGGAGAGAGAGUCAAGCUAGUGCAGAAUGUCCGACCAGGUGGUGCAGCAGUCAAAGCCGGAGUCCAAGAAGGGGACCGAAUCAUAAAGGUGAACGGCUCGCUGGUGUCCUCCAUGUCUCAUCAGGAGGUGGUAAAACUCAUUAAAUCUGGAACAUAUGUAGCACUGACACUACAAGGCCCGCCUCCAUCUGCCGCCUCCCUGCCCUUAGAGCCCCUCCCCACUGACCUUACACCCAAUCAAAGAACGUCUCUUGGUGGGGAGGCCCCGCCCCCUCCACCUCCACCCCUGCCGUCUGGCCCGAGCAGCACCCCAUCCCAAAGAAUCACUGGACCCAAACCACUACAGGACCCAGAAGUACAGAAACAUGCCACUCAGAUACUCAGGAAAAUGCUGGAGCAAGAAGAGGCAGAACUGCAGGAGUUACUGGAGGAGCAGUUGAGGAACCCGUCGUCGUCACUGGGGGAACGGAUAGAAAGUGCCAAAAGGAGAGCUAACCAAGUCAGGGUCAAGAUUCAGCAAGAUCUGGAGGGAACGCGAUCAGAAUGUGCCACGGGUUACGUCAUAGCAGGCGAAGGUCGACUAUCAAUGGACUCAGGUGAAGGAGACAUGGAGGCCUUUGAGAGUCCCCACUCCUCCCCCUCAUCCUCCUUCAGGACCCCACACCACCGACGGCAGAACUCCGACACACACACCCUGUCUGAUUUGGGCGGGAAAGCCCAGAUCAUCGGCCCCGAGGAAGAGGAUGAAGAAGAUGACGGCUAUGCAUUUAAUGAGAUGGACGGUCCAUUUCAGGACAUCGAGCUGUUGAAGACACGACCGGCACACAUGGCGGUUUUCAUGAGAUACGUCUUCACUCAGCUUCUGGACCCCAACCCUCUGCUGUUUUACCUGUCGGUGGAGGCGUAUCUGGGCUCCAGCCCUAAAGACGCCCGCGCACUUGCACCUCAGAUCUGCUCCCAUUUCCUGGACCCAGAUGCUCCCCUGAAAAUCAAAGUACGAGAGGAGUAUCUCACAGAUAUAGAAACUCGACUUCAUGCCCAGGAGGACAUCAGAGGACCUCUGUCCGAGCUGCAGCAGCAAGUGCUGCCAGACAUCCAAGACCAGAUACAAGACUACAGGAACAAGCAGAUGAUGGGCCUCGGCUCUCUGUUUGGAGAAGGAGACCUGCAGCAGCUGGAUGGAGACCCAGUGAAAGAGAGACAGGUGGUGGACAGACAGGUCACCGCCCUCUGGGAAAUACUAUCAAAACACGAAGAGGACAGAAGUUCUCCUCUGGCGUCGGCCGUGCACCUUUACCUGCGUCACUCUGGUAUCAAGCUAAGAGACUCCAAGGUCUUCCCUGGUCUGAGCACAGAGAAGGAGAAGUGGCUCGCUUUCUUAAAGACGAAAAAGCUGAGUGGUACCAAGAAAGAGAAAGAUGGAGAGGAUAAAAAGAGGAACCCCAUCCUGAAGUACAUCGGCAAACCUCGGACCACAUCCCAGUCCACAUUCCAUGUCCCCUUGUCACCCACCGAAGUCCGUCCUGGCAGUGUGAGGAACAUCAUUCAGCAGUUUGAGAAUCACACGGAGACGGGAGAAGAGGGAGGGGACGCCGCUGACCCCCAGAGGCUCUCCACCAGCAGCCUGGGAGAAGACAGCAUGGACAGCCCUACGAUCUCAGUGCGUCUGGCACGCAGCGAGUCGUUGAAGGCUCAGGGAGAAGGGCGUCGGCGGGGUGUUGUCUCCGGGACGGAGUCUGUCCCUCGCUCUCGUAGCGACGUGGACAUGGAGGACUGCGGUGAGGAGAGGGAGGGGCCGGGCCUCCGGCCGCUGCAGCACAGCACAUCGUCAUCUGCAUCCAGCAGCUCUGCACGGUCUCUAGAGAACCCUACACCCCCAUACACCCCUCGGUCUAGACGCAGGAGUGUGGACUCACCGCUGGCCCUGCUGCCGGACACAGCGGUGCUAGAAGAGGAGGUCUGCGACAGUCAGAACUGGCAGGACACAGUUCAACCUCAGCUCCUCGCCACGCUCAGUCCGAGGGAAGUGGACAGACAAGCCGUCAUAUACGAGCUGUUCACCACAGAGGUGUCCCACCUUCGGACUUUGAGGGUCCUGGACCAGGUCUUCUUUCAGAAGAUGAGGUCCGUGCUGAACACUGAUGAGCUGGCCUGCAUCUUCCCCAAUCUGCCCCAAGUUUACGAACUCCACGCAAGUCUAUGCGAGGCAAUGAAGAAGCGAAGAGAAACUCCCAUCGUUCAGGAUAUUGGGGAUGUGAUGCUGGCCAGGUUUGAAGGUGCAGCCGGAGACGAGUUUCAGGAACAAGCGUCGCAGCUGUGCAGCCAGCAGUCUCAGGCUGUGGAGCUCAUCAAGAACAAAAAACGCAAAGACCCUCGCUUCGCUCACAUUAUCCAGGAGUGUGAAGCGAGUCCUCACUGUCGGAGGCUGCAGCUCAAAGACCUGCUGGUGUCAGAGAUGCAGAGACUCACCAAGUACCCGCUGCUGCUGGACAACAUCAUGAAACACACAGAGGCCGGUUCGUCGGACCUCCCCUCACUUCAGCGUGCCCACGCUUGUUGCCGAGGGAUACUGCAGGUUGUGAACGAGGUUGUUGGGGAGACAGAACACCGGCAACGCCUCAGCCAAUACCAGCGCAGGCUGGACGCUGCCCCUCAAUUCAAGAGUUUGGACCUCACCAGUAAGAGAAUGAUUCAUGAAGGUCCGCUCACGUGGAAAGUCAGCAAAGACAAGCAGAUAGAGAUUCAAGCGCUGCUGCUGUCAGACUGCCUGGUCCUCCUACAGAGGGGCCCAGACGACCGGCUGCAGCUGAGAUAUCCGUCCCGCUGGCUGGGUGGAGCCAGCGGAGACAGCAAGACGUCCUUCAGCCCUCUGGUGAAGCUGGACUCUCUGCUGGUCCGCUCAGUAGCUACAGAUAACAAAGCUCUCUACGUCAUCAGCACCACAGAGAGGCAGAUCUAUGAGCUGGUGGCUGGAACGUCAUCAGAGAAAAACAACUGGAAAGAUUUACUAGAAAAGACCAUCGCAUCUGCUGGCGGUUCGUCACCUCUGAUCAAUCACGCGUCCAUGCCUUUAUCUUCCCCCAAUCUACGCAGUGCAUCCCCAGUUUCAACUGGCAGCAACGUCUAUGCAGACAACUCCAUGACGGAGCAGUCAGAUUCCAUGGAGGCUCAUUCCUCCAACGACGACAUUGUGCUCUCAGCAAACACACCCAUGGACCAAUCAGGAGCUUUCAUCUGCGGGGAGAGAAAAACAGUUGGUGUGGCAGAAGCGGCGUUACAAGACGUUGAAACAUUAAGGCAGCUCAUAUUACGAGAUUUGGAAGAGGACGGUUGGAGCCACGAUUCAGAUGACACGCCCACCAACGAGACGGGCAAUGAAAGGAGCCCAUUCGGCAAAAGACAGCGGCCAGAGUCCAUUGAGACCAUCCUCAACUUCAGCACCAACGAAUGGGAGGCCGAGCCUGAAGAGGUCUUGCCUCCAGACGCAGAGCAGCCCAGCGGCGUUCAGGUCGUACGGAAAGCUGUGGUUGCGGGUCCUUCUUCUUCUCCUUCUGUCCCUGAUGACAUCACUGAUGAUGUCACCCUUCCCUCCGACCAAUCAUCCAAGCCGAGAGGGAACACUUUCUACUUGGUAAUGCCUACAGAGCAGGGAGAGAGCGCCACUGACGACCUCAACGACCCUCCUACCCCCACCGCCAGCCACUUUCCACAGCCUCUGGAGGAAGUGACAUCACCACAGACGCAGCCGAAGGAGGAAGCGCCAGCCUGCGGUCCAGAGCCCGGCCAAUCAGAGGCUAUGCAACUGGAACAAGAAGAGGAAAAGGGCCAAUCACAGGUUGGGCACCAGAGCCACGUGAUCAAAAAUGUGGAUGAGAUUUUUCACACGAUUGAGGGGUUGACGAGCAAGUUGCGGCAGCUGAAGGAAAUAGAAAAGUCCCAUCACAAACUUUUGAAAACCCUCAGAGAACCAUAUGUCAAUCAGGAGUCAGAGGACCAACAGUGUCUCUCGGCAACUGUCUCCCGAACACCGUCUCUGGAUCGUGGCUCAGCGGAUGGCAAAGAGGGAAGUCCAGCAGAACCCAAAAUUCAGUCGACUGGAUUCUGACGUCUGGAUUUACUCGCAGUCACUCAAUCUUGACUGUUAGCAUACGGACGCACAUAUAUGUACCCACUGUCAGACUCGGGCGCCUCAGCCCCGCCUCCCCUCGCCCCUCGUCCCUGCAUGCACUGGCCAGUGGAACAGAGCCCAGGAGGGACUGUAGCUGUUGUUUUGUUUGUUUCCUGUUGCACUGGGAUAUCAGGAAGCUGGCCGGAUUCACCGGGAUUUCUGAGGUCGUCACAACCUCCGACUUCCACCAGAGCACGAGGGAGUCCAGGACGGAGUGAGGAAAAAGUAUGAAGGAACAAAAAGGCAGAAGACAAGAUGGCUGAAGAAGAGAACGGGGAGAGAAAAAAGAAGUUGGAAGAAUUGAAAGUUGGAAGAAAAGUUGGAUAUUUGUGAAGGAAAAAAGGAGUCGCAUGUCUUGCUUUAAAGAGCUGGUUGAAGGAAACGGAGCAGAAAAGUGUUGAAAUGUUAAUUUAAGGAAUAAUCCGAGGGACCCGUCACCCCUGCACUUUACCCACAAUGCAUCCCUCUGUCAUGUACGUCCUCCCUACAGCGGACGGAUCAGGGACUGGAGAUGCCACUGGCUUUAUUUAGGGGCCGACGUUUGAGCCAAGAUGGCCUCCGGGGGUCCCCGCCCCGCCUCCACUGGUUGCUUUACACUGAGUUCACCUGCCACCACGGCCGAAGGACUGUGUCUAUAUAAAUCAGGUUAUUUGCACUGGGUAAGGAAACCAAUAUCACACACACACACACACACACACCAUUUAACCAUAUCAUUCAUCUCAGAGCUUCAUAUCCACACACUGGGAGAAACACAAGCGUUCUUUUUUUUGGGAUCAGUUGCAGCCACACUGACAUAUCCUUAAGUUCUCCUUUACACGACUGUUUGAACCAUCAGUGCAACAUAUUUCUCGUUACAUGGUUCAUACUGAUUGUUCAUUUUUAAUUUCUGGAAACACUACUGCGCUGUUUACUACUGAAAUGCUGGCAGGUUUUAUUUUCAGCGCUGCUUCAGAGGCGUACAGGGAUCUCAGCGAUUAAAUAAACAAAGCUCAGUGGAUUCACACAGCUGUUCUGAUCAUGUAAAAGUUGUUUUUGGGAGAUUUAGGGUUUUCGGGGGGGCCGAGGUUCAAGACGGGCAGUGUCGACGACAAGUGUGAGGAAAGAGGGCAAGCACAGAUUCAAACUGAGAAACUUGAAUUUUCACUGAAAACCUGUUUGUCGCUCAAAUUGCUGCCAAAUAUCGCCGCUGACAUUGCCUGUCGUCACUUUAAGAUUCGACUCUCCAGCCCUCUGUAGUGUUUUGUGUGUAGAAAUACAGCGGUAAAUACUUUGAACCAGCAGCUUCACCCACCCACCAGUAAUACACCACAAAGUGUUCAUAUCCAAGGAUCCCACAACCACAGCCACGAAAGGACCGCGCUCUUUACCAAGUAGCUUUACAUCGAGACCCCGCCCGCUGCACAGAACAACUUAUGUUUGUUGGGAGAAAUAAAAAGCUUUGUGAAAAUGAAAUUUUUUACAAAUUCAAGCACAUAGUCCAAGUUAAAAAAAACAACCGGUACUGUACAUGCAACUGUUCUGUUCUGCAGGCAAAACAAACAUUGAUUUAAAGGAAUAGUUUACACUUUGCAGUGAUCAAUACCAGUGCCAUAUAUGUAUAUGUAUGUAUAUACGGUAAAUAUAGCUUAGUGUAAAGACUGGAAACAUAGGAAACUGCUAACUUUGCUCUGUUCAUCAGUAUCAAAAUCAGUCAGCACUUCUAAAACCGGAUAUAUGAAAAGCUGCUCAACACUUUUGAUGAGUUUCACUGGACAGAAAUUAAAAACCUGUGCGACACUUUGAGUUUUUGAUUCAUCAAAAGCUUUCGGUCAUCUCCUCAGUCAGUAGGCUUGUACUCUCGCUACAUUUUUAUUAAAUUUCCUCGGUAUACGGUAUGUGACUGUGUGUUGCUGCUACGCCACCAGCAAGUUUGCUAGUUUCCACAAACUUUCUUCACUUUAUUUACACUCUUAAAUAGACAUUAAAAAAUCACAAAAUGUUAAGAAAAGCAAUAUUCUCACACGUUAGACAGAAAUACAACUGUACACCUUUUGUUGUCAAGUUCACGGAAGACUUAAGUUACAUAAAUUGCCUCAUGAACUAAUCAUAAAACACAGCAUUCAAACUUGACAAAGAAAACAAAACUCACCUGGACGGUCUUUGUUACAUUUGUUAGUUAUGUAGUUAGUUAUUCAACUUGGACUAUAUCUACUUAUUCAUGAAAUUCACUGCAGUGCACGGUGUAUGACAGUAUGGCUGUAAGUUUUUUAGUUUCCGCAAGCUCUCAUAGCUUUUUGUAGAUUCAAAAAUACAAAUUACAAACUCACAAAAUGUUAAGGAAAGCAAUAUUCUCACGUGUUAAACAGAAAUUUAACUGCACACCUUUUGUUCUCACAUCCACGGCUGAUUAAAGUUCCUCUUCAACUGCUCACAUAACACACACAUUCAAACGUGCCAUAAACAAAACGCACCCAAACCAUCUCGGUUACUGUUGUUAGUCAUCCUGUUUGUUAUUCCACUGUGCCAACAACCACAAGCUCCAGUUUGAUCAGAAUAAAUCCUUAAUUAACAUUUUUUUUCUUUACAAAAAUACAUCAUUGCUAUCAAGUGACACUCAUCAAAAUGUCGAGCAAACCACCAUAAAUCAGACUCAAAGCUCUCUAACUAGCACGCUGUAUCUCAUGAGUCUCUGCAGUCGUCUGACAAGAUUUCAAAAACUUUAAACUUUUUUUUUCUAUUUUUUAGCAACGGCGUGACCUGUCCUGCUCUCCGUCAGAUUGGCUAAUUCUCGUUGCAUUUGUUGGUUUGACUGGUUAGGCGAAAAGUCAUUUUCAGAGUUUCAGAGUGAAGUGGGUCGUGUCUAAACUAUCUUAGGAAAAGCAAAUUCACCCUCCUGUAAAAUCUGUUUACGUGUCGUUUGCAUGGAAUAAACAAAUUAGAUUUAACAUUUGUUAUUUCCAGACAGAGCCGAAUUAACUUUUCCCUACAUAUUUCCAGUUUUUACACUUAAAAAAGCUAACCAGCUGCUCCAUACCUGACAAGUGAAGUGGUAUUGAUCUCCUAUAAAAUUAAGUAAGAAAGAAAAUAAGCGUAUUUACCGAAACAUCUCACGAUUCCUUCAGCUAUUUUUGAAUCCUAUGUAGGAGUACUUAAUGUCCCGGACGUUAGGAAACGUUUUUGGACGCCUUCACUGAUGCACGUGUAACCAGCAAAGACUGACACUAAAACCUAAAUGUUUUUUUCUCAAACGCCAACUAUCAAGCUUAUUUGAGACAGAAAAUAUGUUUUAAACUGUAACAAGAGAGAACUUUUACCGAAGUUCUUAAUGUUCCAGUUUAAAUGUUUCUUUCUUUUUUCUGACCAAGCUGAGAAGCGCUUUAGCGAGUUACCCAGCAAAACUGACAACACGCUACCAAACUGAACCAAACCAGGAGCCAAGUAUAUAAACACACUACCAGCCACUGAUAACGCUAUUAAAUGCGAUAUUUCACUACCUGGUGGAAGGUUUUCACUCUUUAGCCAACACACACAGAAGGAGACGUCGAUGAGAACUUCACAAACGAACAAAAAAAAAGAGUUGCAACUUAAAAUGAGAGCUACUGAUCAUCGCCAGGGCGGCUGAUUUUAGCAGCCGACCCCGUGUGAACUUGAGGAAUUUGUGCUAAAAUGUCAAAAUGUUCAACCAAAGUGAAAUAUCUCUUCAGAGGUGUUGAAGGGAACAGUUUUUUGUUUUUUUCUUCCUAUUUUGGCUGCUGAUUUUCAAUCAUCUCACACCAGACGUUUUAACAUUUGUUUAAACGCAUUUUCACGUCAAGCUGUGGUCACGCAGUCAUCACAUACGUAUGUGUUGACCAUAAUUUGGCACAAAAAAUGCAGGACGGUCUGAGUCGGUUGAAUCUUCUUCCCCUCGACAAAUCUCUUUCCUCCUCUUUCUUCCCUACUCGAACUACAGCAUUUUUCAUCUCUAAUUUCUACCUCUACACUUGAGUUUCUUUCUUCCAUAAUUUCUUCUUUUCAUACAUUUAUCUUGUACAUUGACAUCAGCGUUGUGGCCCUAACCGGCUGUAAAAAUCUUUUAAAAAGCUAUAACCUAUUCCUUCAAAAAACAUAAAAAAAUUGCACAACAAACUUCCCUGCACGGUGCAAACUACUGUAUGCAUACACACGUCUUUAACUAUCAUCUCAUUGUCUUUUUAUUUUGUGUCUUUUUAAGAAAAAAAAAACAAAAAAGCAAAUCUUGUUCACUCGUGUAAUAUAGAGAGAUCAAACCCACUUGUUUUAUAUAUGUUAAUUUUUUUUCUGUAAAGCCUUAGUCCUCGUAUUUGAUUUUAUUUUUGUAGAUAUGAUAAAAAAAAGGAUGUAUAAAUUAUUUUCUUCUCCCUUGUUUUUAAAAUUGGUGAGAUUGUUUAGCUGCACAGAAGGAAAAGAGAGCUCAUGUCUCAGAUUCAUGUGUUUUGUGAGAUUAAAAAGAAACUGGACAAAGAAAA